AUUAUAUUUAACGAUGAAUUCAACACUAAGAGCUGAUUAAAUCAUUUAUUUUGGAGCUGCAAAUACUCCCCAAAUUCCAUGUAGAUUUCAUGAAGACCAUAUUAUUCAAAAUUUUUGCAAGAAACAGUAUUAAAAAUGAAUUAUAAUUUAGAGAAUGUAGUUUACCAAUGUGUGCUGAAUGUAUAAAGAUUCAUUCUGAGGAACAUGAAUCAGAAAGAAUUGCAAGUGAUAUUGAUUUAUUCUCUAAUUGCUUAACAGAAUAAUAUAAUAAAUCAUUAGAAUAUCUUAACCUUUGGGCGGUAGAUGUAUAAGAAUCCAGUAAUUUAUCAGAGGAAAUUUAAAAGGCAUAAGAAGUAAGUGUUUUUUAUAUUAUUUAUAGUUCUAGCUUUAAAAAUAUUAAGAAGCAAAGAAGCAAUUUUAUAAAGUUGUGGACGAAUAUUUUAGAAUGUUCGAAUAAACAUUAAUAAUUGAAACUUAAAGAUCUAAUUAGGAUUUAAUUAAAUAAGUAAAAGCCCGACAUAAAAUUGAAUAUUUAGAAUGGAAAACCUAACAUGAAAAUUUACUAAAAUUGAAUUCAGACAAGGUAAUUAAAGCAAUUAAUAAUAGUGUUUGCCUUUGUUAAUCCAAAAAUAUUCAGAUCCAGAAUAAGCACCAUAAGCAAUAUACUAAAGAAAUCAUCAAGAACAUAUUGAAUAAUUGAAAAAACUAAAAUUGAAUGUGAGAUAAGUGAUUGUUAAUGAUAAUCUAAACUAAAUCCUUGUAUUGUUAAAACAGUACAUUUAUCUAACAACACCAGUGUAAGAUUCUUAAAUUUAACCAAUUAUAUAAUAAUAACCAAUAGUAUAAUAGCAGCCCAUAGUGUAGAUUUAACCAAUAGUAAAUUAACCCAUAAAUAACAAUAAAUAUUAAUCAAAGGUAAUAUAACCAUUUAGUGUUGUCAGAGAGUAUACUCCUUUAUAGCCAGUUAUGUAUUAAUAACCUCCAUUGAUUCCAAUAGAACCUAUGCAAAUUUAUCCUUAACCAUAUUAUCCAACUCCAGUAUUUUAAGAACACAUGCCUAUGCCAGUUUUACCUCUAUAAUAAUCAACUCCUCCUUAGAUUAUAAGAUCACCAUAAAAAAUUGGAUAGCCAAUUUUUGAAACUGGAGCUUUAAAUGGAUAAUUAAGAGAAACAAUGGCAUAAAGAUAUUAUGAUUAAAUGUUAAAAAAUGAAAUAAAAUGA